AUGGCUCGGAAAAAAAGGUUAAAUACUGUAGAUUUUCCGGCUAAUGGAUCAACGUCUUGCAUGUCAUCAUCAUCAAAUAAUUCAAUACAUGAUGCUUCUACUUUUGAUGUCUUACAUAGUGAUACUCAAGAUUCUCAACCACUUAAAAGAGUACGCAGACCCACUACUCUACCUGAUGUAUGGGCUUUACCAAGUGAUAAAAGAAUUACAGUAUCAUUCAAUCAUUUGAACCAACCUACUGGACAAGAAGGAUGCACAUUGAGUUUUUUCUUAUGUACACUCGUGCGAAAUACAGAAAUAACUCCAUUGUUAUAUAAUGACUGGAGAUGCUUUCCCAGAGAAUUGAAAGACCAUCUAAUAACAUUGGUCAAGAAUAGGUUUGAUUUACAUCAAAUGGCUGAAAUUUGGGAACUAAAAUCGUUGGGAAGGUCAUUGAAAGGUUAUCGAUCUGAUUUGAAAGCACGAUAUUUUGGAAAAUAUCCGUUGAGAGAAGAUUUGUUAAAGAAUAGGCGAGUUGGGAUUCCAAAUAUACAAUGGAAUUUCCUCGUCAAUUUUUGGUACUCAGAUAAGAACAUGAGAAAUAGUUCAAUCAACAAAAGAUGUCGAGAGAAACAGAAUAUGCCGCAUACAUCUGGAUCUAAAAGUUUUGCUCGUGUUGCUUCUGAAAUGGAAAGCGUUAGACUAGAUCACUCAAGAGCUCAUGUAUUCCUCGAAACACAUAAAGCUCGUAAAGAUGGAAGACCUUUAAAUGACAAUUCAUCUCGAGCCGCGAUAUGCGGAUCUUGUGAUUCUUCUUCUGAUCUUCUUGUAUUAGAUGUUUCUUCUUAUAUGGUUAAUCUGCUUAUGUGA